AGAACAACUGAAAUGCUGUGUUCAUUCCUGAGCAAACUGAAAUACCAUUUGGCAAAAAGCUAAGAUAUCCAAAAGUCUCUCUCCCUUUGGGUUUCCUGGGAUGAUUUCCGUUGGUAAUUAACAACGCGCAAUCGGGAAGGGAAAUCUCAUCACCUUAACCUCACGUUACCAUCCCUGCCGUUCAGGUUGCGCCGCUCCGGCGAUCGACCGAUUGAUCGGGAACGAGAAGAACCGAAAGAAAGAGGAAUGCUAACAACCACGGACUGGAAUGCAGAGAAGAGGAGCAGCAAAGAGGACGGCUCCGUCGACUCUCCCAACAACAAUGCUCUGUCCAUGUUGAAAUCCUUCUUCUCCAUCAACGGCAGGAAGCGCUUUGGCGAUGCAGACGGAGAAGACGUUUUUGACAGUGAUGUUUCGCCUCGUCACCCUUUGCCCUUCCUAUCCACUGUCGCCAAUUCUGUCGUGUCUCGUUGUUCCAAGAUUCUUCGCAUAUCUAUCGAAGAGUUAAAGAAUCGCUUUGAUUUGGAGGUGCCUGAUAAUCUUAAGCAGCCCUCAGUUUACGCUAGGAACUUUCUGGAAUUCUGUUCAUUCCAAGCACUUUGUGAGGCAACCAAAGGAGCUGAUUAUUUGGGUGAAAAUUAUUUCCGACGCUUGACAUUUGACAUGAUGCUAGCUUGGGAGGCUCCAUGUAGAGGGAAUGAAGUGAUGGAACCUGAAAGUGCUACUAAGAUCAACCAGGAAGGGGAGGAUGAGGAUGGCUGGUCAAUAUUUUACUCUAGCUCCACAAGGACGGCAGUUGAGGUUGAUGAUAAGAAGACUGUUGGUGCAGAAUCAUUUGUACGAAUAGCUCCAGCCUGUGCUGUUAUUGCCGAUGAAAUAACAGUUAGCAACCUUUUUGAGGUUUUGACAUGUUCAUCAGGUCGUCGACUUCAUUUUCUUAUAUACGACAAGUACCUUCGGAGUCUUGAAAAGGUGGUAAAGGUUGUACGGAGUGCAGCUGGUUCUAAUAAUAUGUCCAACCUUUCACUUAUGGAGGAAGAGGUUAUUAUAGAUGUAGAUGGUAUAGUUCCCACACAGCCAGUUUUCCAGCAUAUUGGACUAUCUGCUUGGCCGGGAAGGCUUUCAUUGACCAACCGUGCUCUUUACUUCGAAUCUGGAGUUGGUUUAUAUGACAAAGCUAUGAGAUAUGAUCUGGCGACAGAUAUGAAACAGGCUAUUAAGCCUGAAUUAACUGGACCACUUGGUGCUCGCAUUUUUGAUAAAGCAGUGAUGUACAAGUCUUCAUCUAUGGCAGAACCUGUAUCCUUUGAGUUCCCUGAAUUCAAAGGAAGCUCACGACGUGACUAUUGGUUGGAUAUAUGUCUCGAGAUACUUCAUGCUCAUAAAUUCAUCCGCAGAUAUAAUCUCAUUGAUUGUCCACAAUUUGAAGCACUUGCUCGUGCAAUUCUAGGGAUUCUUCGAUAUCGAGCAGUUAGAGAGGCUUUCCAUGUCUCUCCAUCCAAUUACAAAACCAUACUAUGUUAUAACUUGGCUGAAAGUCUUCCAAGGGGUGAUGCUAUCUUGGAAACUCUCUCAAAUUAUUUGAUACUCAUGAAUUCUACUGGCUCUCGCCGUGGCUUUCUUGGUUCCCCAAAUGCUAGGAGACAGGUCCCAGUUUCACACUUCACACUUUGCAGACUUGGAAUUAUUGCAUACAAGGAGGUGGACAUGGGAGAAGUAUCUUCUCAAGCUGGCAACAUUUGUGUUGGUGAAAAGCAUCCUCUGGAAGCUGCAGUCAAGAUGUCCAGAAAGGACAUAGGAAGAGCUGAAGCUGCUCAAGCAACUGUUGAUCGAGUUAAAGUGGAAGGGAUUGAUGCCAAUUUAGCAGUAAUGCAGGAGUUGCUUUUUCCUCUUAUUGAAUUAUUAAAUCGCAUUAAACUUUUGGCUUCAUGGAAAGACCCCUGGAAAUCAGUGACGUUUCUGAUGUUUACUUGCUAUACUAUUAUCAAGGGAUGGAUCAUGUAUGUAUUGCCAAGCGUAAUGGUAUUGCUUGCGGUGGUCAUGCUCUGGCGCAGGCAUUCUCGUAAGGGAUCAACUUUGGAAGCAUUGGAAGUCAUGGCUCCUCCUUCUAAAAAUGCAGUGGAGCAAUUAUUAACAUUACAAGAAGCUGUCUCUCAUGUGGAGGCACUUAUUCAAAGUGGCAACAUUGUUCUACUCAAAUUACGAGCUCUCCUAUUUGCCGUAGUUCCUCAGGCAACUGAUAAGGCAGCACUUGGUUUGGUGUUGAUGGCUGCGGUAAUUGCUUUGGUUCCCUUCAAGCAAGUGAUGCUGCUUGCUUUCUUGGAGUAUUUUACAAGGCAGAUGCCUUUGAGGAAAAAUAGCAGUGACAAAUUGAUUAGAAGGGUUAGGGAGUGGUGGAGCAGGAUACCAGCAGCCUCUGUCCAAUUAAUCAAACCUGAUGAUAAAAAGAGAAAGUGAUUGUGGUAUGGUAUACUAAUAGCCAGUAGUUACUCCUAAUCUCGGAUUCAUUGAUUCAUCUUGUAAAGAAUAGUAUUAUACAUAUUCAUACCCCUGGUGGGGCAAAUCUUGCAUGAUGAUGUGGUGUUUUAACUAACAAAGUUGUCAAAUAAGGUAUAUAUAUUGGUUUAAUUGUAAGUCAACUAAAACACA